CGGAAACAUUUUACGUCAGCACGUGCGUUGGCUAAGUUUGCGGCGGUGGUCUCGUGUGCUGUGGAUGUACGUGUGUGUGUGCAUGUUUCUUCUUUGGAUGAACAAACGGUGUGUUUUACGCGUCCAUUUCAGUCCUGAGAUGAUUUCACGCCACAGCUCACGGCUCUGAGCGAUGAGAAGGCUCGACACUCGCACUGGAGACGAAGGAGGGCAGGGCGACAUUUUGACUAGCUAAAAGUAGCGUGAAAUCAAACUAGAGCUGGGUUUGGAAACGCGCUCAUGAAGUAAGCGGAGUUUUAACGUAAAGAGCGAUGAUUCUGCAGAGACUUCAGCCUGUAGCAUGCAGAGCCGCCUGGCGCACACGGGCGGUGCUGAGGCAGGAGCAGUGCCUCUUCUCCUCUGCCCCCCCACAGCCUGUGCCUCCUCUGGCUCAGACCCUGCAGAGGUACCUCCAGGCCCUGGAGCCACUGCUGCCCCCUGACGAGCUUGCACAUACCCGCCGCAUGGUGCACGAGUUUGGGCGUCCCGGAGGGCUGGGGUCCCAACUGCAGCAGAAACUGGAGUUUAGAGCUAAACACACCAAGAAUUGGAUCACAGACUGGUGGGUGCAGUGCGCGUAUCUGGCCAACAGGGAGCCUCUGGCGGUUCACUCAAACCCGGCCAUCUCUCUCCCCAGACGAGAUUUCAAUGACUGGAGGAGCCAGCUGGUGUUUGCGUCCAAACUAAUCGCAGCUGUCCUGGAUUUCAAAGCCAUGAUUGACAGAGGCAAGUUGGCGUCAGAGCACAUGCGUGGCCGUCCUCUCUGUAUGGAGCUGUACCCGCUCAUGUUCUCAUCCUGUCGGAUCCCGGGGCCCAAACACGACUCAAUUGCUCACUACGGGACCUACGGGCGCUCGCGGCGCUCCCCCACACACAUCACUGUAGUCCGCAACUAUCAGUUUUUCCAGCUGGAGGUUUAUAAUAGUGAUGGUUCAAGAAUGACCGAGUCCCAGAUUCAUGCACAGCUUCUCCGGAUCCGGUCUCAGUCCUGGAAAACCGACAAAGAGCCGAUGGGGAUCUUAACCAGCGAGCACCGGCACACCUGGGGAGCUGCAUACAACCGCCUGCUCAGAGACAAAAUCAACAGAGCAUCAGUGCGAGCUAUUGAGACCGGACUGUUCUCCCUGUGUCUGGACUCACCUGUCAUGAGGAUUUCAGAUGAAAAAUAUGCCAGUCGUAAAGCCGCCCAGGUGCUUCACGGAGGUGGGACUUUCUCAAACAGCGGAAAUCGAUGGUUUGAUAAAACUCUUCAGUUUGUAGUUGGUGAAGAUGGGUCCUGGGGGCUGCUCUAUGAACAGGCCACAGCAGAGGGCCCCCCAGUGGCCACACUGCUGCAUCACAUACUGGAGUACUGUGAGGGGCCAGACCCAAAGAGAGCCCCUCUGAUCCCGCUGCCGAUGCCCAAAAAACUUUAUUUUUACAUUGACCCUGAGAUCAAGAGGGACAUUGAACUUGCCAAACAAAAUCUAGAUAUACUUAUAAAUGACCUGGAUGUGAAUGUGUUCAACUUUAAGAGAUUUGGGAAAGAGCUGCCCAAGAGACACAAGCUGAGUCCCAACGCCUUCAUCCAGGUGGCGCUGCAGCUCGCCUACUACAGGGUUCACAAUGAGGUGUGUCCUUCCUGUGACAUUGCGUCUCAAAGGAUGUUCAAAGGAGGCAGGACCGAGUACAUCCGAUCUCCAACGAAAGAGGCUCUCACUUUUGUACUCGCCUUUGACAACCGCUCUGUGUCGAAAGAAGUAAAGCGACAGUUAUUCAGAGAAGCAGUCGACGCCUAUGCUGCUCUGACUGAUCUGGCUCUGAAGGGACAUGGCAUUGACCGCCACCUGUUGGGCCUAAAGCUCCAGGCCAUAGAGCAGGGCCUGAGCAUCCCAAAGAUGUUCAUGGACACGGGCUACGGCUUCGCCACCCACUGGAAACUCCGCACGGGACAGGUUCCUGCUAACACCGACAGCGUGAUAUGUUUUGGGCCGCUGGUUCCCGAUGGUUACGCCAUUUGUUACAAUCCUCAGGCCGACCACGUGCACUUCUCCAUCACCGCCUUCAACUGCUGCGAGGAAACCAACGCGGAAACCAUGGCGAUGACUGUCAAAAACACAUUAUGUGAUCUGCAGGAGCUACUGGAGCCCACGAUUUGAGAGGAGGGAAACAACGCACAUUGAAGCUACACUGCAGGGUCUGGACACGGUGCACUGUUAAAAUGGGUUGAAUUCAGAAAAUAAUAGAAUCUUGAAUCUAGUUGUUUUGACUAGUUUCCAUUUGGUCCGAUCAGGUUUACGUCUUUAAUAAUGUAAAGGUCUAACUUAAGAACCACUUUUUUCAAUAUAUAUUAAGCAUGCAAAAAUACUCAAUACGAUAUUGAAUGUUCACUCGACAAUACAAUACAUUUGGUCUUUUUGCUGGGUUUCAGAUGACAUCAUCACUUUCUAUAGGCCAAUAAUAUUUAAUACAGAUGGGGACACCUAAAAUUAAUAUUGUUAAAAGUUUAAUUUUUCUUUCUUUUAAUAUUCAAGGGUUUAAUGUUCUAGGAUCUAGUCACUUAAUCAAAUAACUUGGUGAAGCAUUUGUGGGUUUACCUUUUAGAUAUCUCAUGGCAAGUACAAUGUAAUUAAAAGGAAAACUGUCUCUUGCCUCCAUCAGAGAGUUGACAUCACAUUAUAGAAAGUGUAAACUGCUAAUACGCAGAGGAUUGUUUUUUUUUUUUCUAGAUUUAAAAGAGGAAAUUUUCAUUUUGUUCUUUCUUAAUUUUGUGAGACCUAAAGCAUAUCAGAAGCAUAUAUCUAUAUCAUGGCCCAUGCUUUGAGAUGUGUAUCAAAUCGUGAGAAAACCUUUCCGUUGUGUCCUUAAUACAACAAAUGGGGGUAGUAUUGUCCAUUCAACUCUGCCCAUGUGUCUAUUUUAGGCAGUAUUAUAACUUCUGGUGGCACAGGCAAGGAACUGUAAACAAAGGCACAGACGGAAAUGUCCUUGGUUGAGCAGUGCCAUGGAUAGGUAAUGUGUAUUGAAAUUGUAAAAUAAAACCAGUUUGAUAUACUUUUUAUGUUACACUUAUAAACUAAAUAUAUCUAGUCAAAACUACUCAAAAAAUAUUAAUUUAAGUAAUUUUAACUCAUUGGAUAAUCUGUUUUUGCAAGUGUGCACUCAUUGGCCACUAUUGGAACUUCAAAGGUUUCUGCCCAUUUCAGAUUUUCAUUAGUCACAUUUUGUAUAGUAUCAUUCAAAAUCAGGUCUUUAGAAGAUGUGACCAAAUACUGGGAACAUUUUUUAGGCUAAGUUCUCCAUAAGGAAACGUGUCCCCUGUAUUUGACCCAUCCAUAAAUUGUGCUGUGGCAAUCUGUCAGGGGCAGUGCAGCGUGUGGGACCCAUCUCCAGAUACUGUGCUGAGCCACUGAUGUGGUCAAUGGAAUAAAAUCAAAAGAUAAUUUUCUUAACUAAUUUUGAUAUGCAGUCAGUAUGUACAAAAAAUGAAUAGGUUCUUGGUGAAAUUCUAACAGCUUUUUUGGCCACAAGUUUUGUAUUUGAAAAUGUAAAGUACUUCAAUGUACUAUUGAAAUCUGUGCAGAGAUGGUUGGACAAGAUUUGAAAUUAUUUUGAUACUUUUGUAAUUUGCUAAAAAGCAGCGCGUUGUAUUAUUAUUAUUAUUAUUAUAUAAUAGUGGUGCCAUAGUGAAUUUAAGGCUUUGGUUGGAUUGAAUCAGGUGCUUCUGACACUCCAGCAUUAUGACAUUAUGUAUAGGUUUUACAAGAUUUGUGGUGCUUUUGCUAUGAAGUGUUUUGUAUCGGACCAAAUGCUCAAAAAAGGAAAACUAUUACUAGGUUUUCAUUAUUCACAGUCUAGCACACACUCCUUUGCGUCUCUGCUGCUUCUCCAAGCUUUUAUUUCUUUUCACAUUUUCAAUUCAGUUAAUUUUCCUGUUAUAAAACAAAAUCUAAAAUUGACUUAGACCUAAAAUGAUUCUUAUACCAACACUACUACCUAUGUCAAUGUUUAUUCUUUUGGGAGAUUUCAUUUGUGCUGAACCUGUGAGUUCUAUUGAGAGACUAGUUUUAGGAUGAGGCCAAAUGUCAGCAAUUAUGCCAUAUUAAAAGCAACAAUAGUGACAUGCUGAUCUUUAAAGUGGGGAUUUGAAUGUGAUUUAAAUGAACUAAUACACAAUGGUAAUUAUUUCAUAUGCCGACAUUCAAUCCAUUCACAUCUGGCCAGGAUCUAGAGUUGGGAGUUCGCUUUGUUGUUUUGUUGUUUGUUUUUUUCAUUUUAGCCUACAUCUAAACCUGAUGCAACUGGCUGUGGAAAGUUAUGUUUUUUUGUUGUUUUUUUCUACAAAAAAUUAAUAAAUACAUUGAAUUAAUA